AUGCCGGAAAAAACAGAGGCGAAUUCAGCAUCAGGAAUGGCUGUUAAAGAUGAGUGUAAGCUGAGGUUUUUGGAACUUAAAGCAAAGAGGAGCUACCGAUUUAUUGUUUUCAAGAUUGAAGAAAAGAUCCAGCAAGUGGUGGUUGAGACAUUAGGAGAACCUCAACAAAGCUAUGAUGAUUUCACUGCCAGUUUGCCAGCCAACGAGUGCCGAUAUGCUGUCUAUGAUUUCGAUUUCACCACUGAUGAGAAUGUUCAGAAGAGCAAAAUUUUCUUCGUUGCAUGGUCUCCAGACACAUCGAAGAUAAGGAGCAAAAUGUUGUAUGCUAGUUCAAAGGAUAGAUUCAGGAGAGGGCUCGAUGGGGUUCAGGUUGAGUUACAAGCAACAGAUCCAAGUGAAAUGAGCUUGGACAUUGUCAAGGAACGAGCCUUUUAA